AAAUCUCAUUGGUAAUUCUCGCGGUAAUGUAAUCGGCUGUAGCGAUUUGAGGCUUUGGAGUUUCGGUCUUACCCAUUUGAGAUUUUUUUAAAUUUCCCGCGUCUUUUCUUGUUCUCGAUAAAAAAAAAAAAAAAAAAAAAAAAACUGUGUAAUUUUUUUUUUAACUGGAUGACAUAAAUUCGGCGACUUCUGCUUUAAUAAUGUAGUUUCUCUUAAGUUAUGCAUCUGAGCCCUUGUGUGAUAGAUAUAUGAACAUUGCAUUUUGCAUGCAUGUGCUAACUCAUAAUAUUGAAAUACUUCGUAUUUACAGUAAUAAAGAAGUAAAAUUCAACAGUCGCUCUUGAUUGUAUUUAGUUAACGGAUAAUGCAUUAAUACUGAACUGUCUGCAAGGCGAACUGUAAGCUAUCGACAUUAACAGUUUUUUUUUUUUUUUUUUUCCAUUGUGCACUAACAUAUAGUUUCGCACGAAAUAUAUAAAACUGGAAAACGCAAGAGUAUCUCGUUUUAACCUCGAACAUUAUUUAAAAGAUGUUUCACUGUGGAUGUAAAAGUAGAGACGUCAGUUCAAACUCUCCAAAAUCUGUCCAGGCGCAAUCCAGCCGUAUUAAGAAAAGAAUAGAAAAGGUGUUCCGCAAGUAUCUGACUUUCUGCGGCAUUGGAGUUCAGAAUGCUCAACUCUUCGAGAUGUCUGUUCGGGAAUUUAAGAGGAAUCAACUUUUACUUAGCCUGGCCAAAUCUAUAUUUGAAGAGACCUCGUCUUUGGAUCGCCUUAUCAAUAAAAUCAUGGUCAAAGCAGAGGAGUUACUUCAAUGUGAAAAAUGUAGAGUUUAUCUCGUGGACACAGAACAUGAUGACCAGCUUAUUUAUCAAAGAUUGGACAGUUCUGAGGAAAAAUCUAAUUCUUUGCCACCAAUAUUCAAACCAAAAAAGUUUUCAAGACCUCAGGAUGUUGUUUUUACUACAAUUUUUGAACUUCACAGAGAUGAACAGGAGAUUAGGAGGCCUAGUUUGAAAGAUCUGUCAGGUUCUGAAGUAGCACAUCUACAUUUUGCACGGCAUGUCGUAGCCACUGAACAAACGUUUAAUUGGUCAGGAACUGAUGAAGAAAUAAAAGAUGUCAGAGCCUCAAACAUUUCAGGAGUUCCACCUGAUUUACCGUUUGAGAAAUUAAGAAGUCGAGUAUUAUCCAUUCCCAUAUUCAGCAGUGAUAAAAAGGUCAUUGGUGUUGCACAGUUAGUAAAUAAAUUGAAGGGACAAGUGUUUACAGAAUGUGAUAUUAGUACACUAGAGGCAUUUUCAAUAUUUUGUGGUCUCGGCAUUUACAACACACAGAUGUAUGAAAAUGCAAGCAAACUGAUGGCCAAACAGAAAGUAGCUCUAGAAGUAUUAUCUUAUCAUGCAUCAUCAUCUUUAGAAGAAGCUAAAAAGUUAAUGCAAAUAUCCAUACCAUCUGCAGAAAAGUUCAAAUUGUCUAGUUUUCAGUUCAGUGAUUUCAGGUUGAGCGAUGAUGAUACUUGCCAGGCAGCGAUUCGCAUGUUUAUGGAGUUAGAUCUCAUUCAUAAAUUCCGGAUUCCUUAUCAAGUCAUGUGUCGAUGGAUCCUGAGCGUCAAGAAAAAUUAUCGUCCUGUAAUUUAUCAUAACUGGAGACAUGCAUUAAAUGUUACACAGACUGCUUUUGCAAUGCUUAUGACAGGAAACAUGAAGGAAAUGUUGUCUGAUAUUGAAACAAUGGCCCUGUUAGUUGCUUGUCUCUCUCAUGACUUAGACCAUCGAGGUACAAAUAAUUCUUUCCAGACUAAGAUUGAAUCCCCCCUGGCCAUUUUAUACAGCACUUCUACAAUGGAGCAUCAUCAUUUUGACCAGUGUGUUAUGAUACUGAAUAGUGAGGGCAACAAUAUAUUCCAGUCUUUAUCACCAGAAGAAUACAGAAGCAUUAUUUCUAUUGUUGAAUCAGCCAUCUUGUCCACAGAUUUGGCUCUUUAUUUCAAAAAGAAAGAUGCAUUCUUAAAGCUAGUAAAUACUGGUGAACCAGAUUGGAAGAAUCCACAUAACAGAGAAUUGUUAAGAGGCAUGAUGAUGACAGCAUGUGACAUUUCUGCUAUAUGUAAACCAUGGGAAGUACAGAAAAAAGUUGCAGAGCUUGUAGCUGGAGAAUUUUUUCAGCAAGGAGAUUUGGAGAAAGAGAGGUUGAAAGAGCAACCUAUUGCAAUGAUGGAUCGAGAAAAGAAAGGUGAACUUCCUGCAAUGCAAGUUGGAUUUAUUGAUUGCAUUUGUCUUCCUGUGUAUGAAGCAUUGACUAGAGUUCAGCCGGCUUUAAAGCCUUUGCUUGAAGGUUGCAAAGAAAACAGAAAAAAUUGGCAGGCAUUAGCUGAUGAUAAAACGAAAAAAGAAAGAGAAUUAUUUACUUUCAGAAAUGGAACAAAUAAGAGGUUUGAAAAUAACCUUCAAGUGAAUGGAAUGGUUCAUCUACCUCAGACAGCCACAGCAGAGAUAUCAAAAGCGGAAGAAAAGAAAUAUGCUGGUGAAGUGAAGCGGAAGAAAGUUUCAGCAGAUUGUUCUCGAUUCAAACGCACAAACAAAGAGCAUCAUGGAAGUCUCUGUACAGUGCUGUGACUAUUUUAUUGUACAGGCCAUUUUCAUUAAUUUAUUUCAACAAAUGAUACUUAAUUUCGAGAUUAAGGAUAUAAUGACCUAUAAAAUCUGCACUGGUGAUGUAUAUGCAUUCUUGGAAAAAGAACAGUGAAAUUAAUAUCCCUUAUUGUGAUGGCUGGUCCAUUUGCUUGUUACUUUAUGAGACAUAUUGACUUAUUAUGUAUUUGUGUUGAACCUACAUUUUAAAGUGAACAAUGAACCUACAUAAAUCCAUUUUAAAAGUGAUAUAGUAAACAUGCAAACCUGAAUAUUCACCUGUUUUCAUCUUUUAUAGUUAAGUGCAUUCACUGAUUUAUGUCACAACUGCACUGCAUAAUAUUUCUGUACAAAUUUUUCUUCUAAGUCAUUCCAUCAAGGCAUUUAUUAAUAUAUUAUUCCACUGUGUGUCCUUUCUGUACAAAAUGUUUUUGUGUAUAACAUUUUAUUUGCAUUUAACUGAUUUCCUGCAAAAUUUUAUUGUGCCAAAAUUUUGUUUUUAGUUUUGUUAGUACUUAGUUUUCUUUUGCUAACAUCAGGUAUAAAAGUUAAUACAUACAUACAUACCUGUAUAAUACAUAUAUAUGGCUAAUAGAGAAAAUAUUUCUGUUUUUGUAUUUAGUUUACUAUUCCCUUAUUUAAAAUCAAUAUGUCAUAUUUCAAGUUCAGGGUAUUGGGAAGAAAAUCUUUGUACUAGUCAUGUCUUUCAGCACUUAUUUUACUGAAAACAAAAUUAUAUUGUAAAUACAUACAGGAAUUACUGCUUGUAUUGUAUAUUUGUAUCAAAGAUCAUCAAAUAAACUUUUAUACAAAAUGAAAAAUAUUUA